AUGUCAAAUGAUGUUAAUCUAUCUGGUUUAAUUGCAGUGCAAAAUCUAAUUGAUGAGGAGUUCCAAGGGAUUGUACAUUUGCGGACAUCAACAUUGCAUAAAAAAGUUGCAUCUGCUCGUCAUGAUUUCAUUAAACUUUCAGGCUCUGAAAACAAGCUGGAAGCAUUACUACAGGUUUUAGAGCCUAGUUUGGCAAAAGGAAACAAAGUAAUGGUAUUCUGUAACACACUUAAUUCCAGUCGUGCUGUCGACCACUUUCUCAGUGAAAAUCAGACAUCGACUGUCAAUUAUCAUGGCGAGGUGCCAGCAGAACAAAGGGUUGAAAACCUCAAAAAGUUUAAGACUGAGGAUGGAGAUUGCCCCACACUGGUCUGCUCAGACUUGGCUGCAAGGGGGUUGGACUUGGAUGUAGAUCACGUCAUCAUGUUUGAUUUUCCAUUGAACUCUAUUGACUACCUUCACCGUACUGGAAGAACUGCUCGUAUGGGUGCAAAAGGGAAAGUGACAAGUUUGGUUGCUAAGAAGGACGUUGCUUUAGCCACCCGAAUCGAGGAGGCGAUGAGGAAAAAUGAAAGUUUGGAAUCUCUAUCUGUAAAUAGUGUGCGGCGGGACAUUGCCAGGGCCCGAAUAACUGAGCAGAAGGGGAAAAAUGAAAAAUUAAUUAAAGUUGCAAAGCAGAGAAGCAGAGAUUCAGCAAAAUCAUAUCAGGAUCAAGGAGUGAAAUCCAAAAAGGCAUCUGGUCCAGCUAAAUUUGCAAAGGCAAGCGUUAAGGUAUCGAAAACAGUAAAGCUCUCCGGUGCAAGUAGCUCAAGAAAAUCUUCUUCGAGUGCAAGUAGCUCAAGAAAAUCUUCUUCAAGUGCAAGUAGCUCAAGAAAAUCUUCUUCCAGUGCAAGUAGCUCAAGAAAAUCUUCUUCGAGUGCAAGGAAGCAAGUAGUGAACAAAGGAUCCAGUGCGGCAAAAUCAACUUCUUCAAAAUUAAACGUUGUCGGGUUUAGGGGGCGGAAUUCUUGGUCAAAUAAGAAAGAACCAGCAAUGGCCAGAUGAUUGUAGGUGUGACAACAUUCCCUUCCGAGUCAUAGAUUAUGACACCAGAAAAGUCGGGCAGUUGGCACUUUCCACCCAUCAGUAUGUUCUUCUGCCAAACCGAGACUUCUUGUUCAUCGCUAGCAUCCGUGCUUCGUUCGAUAUUUCCGUGUUGAAUGUGCAUAACAGGAUCAUCGGUGUCGGGUUCAUAGCAAGCUCUCCAUUCACGCCAUCUACGCGAGUGCGAGGCGCACAUGAACAGCGCCAUGGCGCACAGGAAAAGGGUCAUCCCUCCCAUGCCAAGUUGAAACGUGUUUGUACUUUGUGGGUUGUGGGAGAAGAGAGGAAGCUGGCGAGCCAUUGAGGUGAUAUGAUACGCAUGAUAUGGUUAAAUACAAUAUAUAUAAUGAUAAUCCAAAUGGGAGGAGUUGGAUUUUGAGGAUUUGUUAACAGUUUGCGUAAGAGAGUGGUUUUGGUGAUCUUUGACUUCCUUCUCUCCUUUCCGUUCUUAAUGUUAGUUAUGCUGAUGAUUAUCUAGUUCAUGGAUCCUUUUUGAGUAGGUGAUCCA